AAUGUUGAAAGGGAAAAUGGAGAUAAUAAAACCUAACCUACGUUAUGCCAAGUCUUCUGCGUUUUAAGCACGGUAUGGUGUGCUGUGCUAUUCCCGCACCGCAUCGCAUCGCAUCGCAUCUGCAUCUCUUGUUGUGGCUCGAAACCCUCCGGUGACCCGUCAGUUUCUCUCCGGUUCCGAACACAAGCAUCUGUAUUAUUUUCAGGUAUUAAUGAAGAUCACUAACUUUUUGGAAGGGGAUUCUGCUAUAUGUGAGUCUGAGUGUGGCAUAAUUAAUAAAAGUGCUCCUACUGCACUCAGAACAAGUAAUCGACAUGUUGCCAAAAAGGAUCAUUUAGCUGUAAUAAAAGAGCAGAAACGGAAAGAUAGGCGUGUAGCUGUAAGAAAAGAACGAAAGCAGAGAGAUAUUUUGUUAACAACCAAGGAAGAUGUGUUUGCAAAUCCACCAGAAGAGAUUACGUUAGAGAUCUUAGGAAGGCUCACCAUUAGGAGCGUUAUGACGUGCAAGUGUGUUCUUAAAUCAUGGCGCCAUCUAAUGGAGGGGGAUGAGUUUGCGAUGUCAUAUACCCCCAAACCAGGCCUGACUUUCGUUCAUCGGGACAUGGAAAUGGGAUACACUGUCCGCGAUGAGGCCUUAAAGCCACUUUUCCGAUUUGGUUUGCCUUCUGACCAUCGAUUAUCUGGUGUUCACUGGUGUGCUCAAAUUGCUUCAGCUAAUGGUUUGCUUUCGGUGUGGGAUCCACCCCCUAACACUAUAUUUAUAUGCAAUCCAAUGACUCGUGAGUAUGUCGAGCUCCCUCCUCUAUCCAAGGACAAAAUUACUAGCUUUUUUGGAUUUGGAGUGAGCAGAACAAGUGGCCAGUAUAAGAUUUUGUGUAUUGAUUCCCAUAGUUGUUAUGUAUACACUCUAGGAAGAGGUGCAGGACUGUGGAGAGCCAUCGCACCACCACCAGCGCCAGCACUAGGUAUUGGUCAACUGUAUCUUGGUGAUGCUGCAUUUUUGAAUGGAAAUCUUCACUGGUUGGCAUUGGAUUCGGAAGAAGAUUACUUUGUUUGUUGCUUUGAUUUGGAAACUGAGCUCUUUACUAGAAUUUCAGUUCCUUGUGAUUAUAUUGCCGAAAGAUAUGGCAACAGGUGGGUAUGUAUUUUGGAGGGUCGGCUAUGUUUAUACGUUGUUUUAGAUUGGUAUCAUGUCAUUAUUUGGAAGAUGAACAACUAUGGGGAUGAUAAUUCUUGGAUAAAGGAAUAUAGCUUUGACUUACUCAAAAAAUAUUUAAGUAUGGACGUGGUCGAAGUUUUGACAAAUGGUGACUUAUUGUUAGCGAUAGCAGGUUCUGGUACUUUGGACGCAUCUCAUGAUCGACUAUUUUAUAUCAAUCCCAAAAACACUGGAGCUGUUGUGACAUAUGGUUCUAAACAACGUCAUUCUUCCAACAUUGGUGUUUAUACCCCAAGUCUAAUUUCGCUCGUCACCAUGGGGUUUCAUAAUGUCCAGCCGUUGAAUUUUUAUUAGAUAUAAAUAGGUUGUACUUAUGUAGUUUUAGUUCAUCGUGUAAUUUGUUACUAUUUCAUUUUGCAUCCUUCUUUAAUCAGUUCAUUAUUAAUAGCUUA